CUUGGUUGUUGUCUGAAGAAUUGAAUUUAUCUUUUGAGAAAAAAUUGUCUCUUGGUGACUCCGCCUCUACUUCGUCUGUUGACAUUCAUAAUGCUCUCUACACCAACUCCGGACGAGGCAAUGGUCGGGGUCGUGGCCGUGGACCACAGCGAGGCCGAGGAGGGCCUUACCGCGGGCAGAGGCGGCCGGCAGCCGCAGUACCCCGACGACGCACGCGGCAGAGGAGGUGGCCGGGGGUCCAUCACGUGCCAACUCUGUGGGAAGCCUGGCCAUGCGGUCUGGAAUUGUUGGCACCGCUACGAUGAAUCAUAUGCUAGUCCUCCGCAGGCGUUUUAUGCAAAUCAAUCUGCUGAAUCUAGUUCGAACUGGCAUCUGGACACUGGCACAAACACCCAUGUUACGCCUGAUCUGUCUCGACUGCAUACUUUGACUCCGUACCAUGGCACCAAUUCCAUCACACCUGCAGGAGGUAACACCUAUCCCAUUGACCAUACAGGCUCAG